AUGGACGAGCAGUACGAGAUCAUCAAGGUCAUCAUGGACGGGCGGCUUCAUCUGGCGCCGUUUACCCGCGAAAAGUACCCGCGGAAGGUGCUCGACAUCGCCACAGGGACUGGGCUUUGGGCCAUCGAGAUGGGAGACGAGUACCCGGAUGCUGAGAUAGUAGGAACGGACCUCUCGCCGAUUCAACCGCCGUUUGUGCCACCGAACAAUGGUAUGCAUGCCCUACUUUCCCUCCCACUAAAGCCGCUCCCCACUAACAUGUACUCAAGGGACUACCCCCCCUCAGAAUUCGACCUCAUCCACACCCGCGUCACAAUCGGCUGCUGGGCCGACAUGAAGAAGGAAAUCAUCGCCCGCGCCUUCCACCACCUCAAACCAGGCGGCUGGCUCGAGUGUCAAGAAGUCCCCGGCAUGCCCCACUGCGACGACGGGACCAUGCCCCCGGACUACGACUGGCUCAAGUGGACCCUCGAGCUCUACAACAGCUCCCGCCUCGCCAACCGCCAGGUCGACGUCGGGGAGCAGCUCAAGGACUGGAUGAGGGAAGUCGGCUUUGUCGACGUCCACGAGGCCGUGUUCAAGAUCCCGCUCAACGGCUGGCCAAAGGACACGAGACUCAAACACGUGGGGAUGCUGUGGCAGAGGAACUUGCUGGAUGGCUUGCAGGGUUUCAGUCUGGGGUUUUUUAGCAAGCAUUUGGGGAAGACGCAGGAGGAGAUUGAGGUAUUCUUUUUUCCUUUCCAGCAACAUAUUUUCUUUUUUUGUCUUUCAUGA